AUGGCAUUGAACGGCAAAGUCGCACUGAUCACUGGAGGUGUGAAGAACCUCGGGGCCGAGUCAGCGAGAGAACUGGCUGGUGUUGGAGCAAAUCUGGCUCUGCACUAUAACUCCGAGAGCAGCAAAGCCAGCGCCACAUCACUGGAAGCUGAGUUGCGACAGAAGUACCCCAACCAGAAGGUCGCUUUUUACCAAGGUGACCUGACCAGCGCGGGAAAUGUGGACAAAUUAUUCCAGUCGGUGCUCAAAGACUUUGGAAAGAUUGACAUCGUUGUCAAUACGGUGGGCAAGGUGCUAAAGAAGCCGAUCACCGAGAUUUCCGAAGAGGAGUACGACUCGAUGUUUGCAAUCAACUCCAAGGCUGCUUUCUUCAUCCUGAAGGCUGCAGCCAUCCACGUCUCCGACGAAGGCAAAAUCAUCAGCAUCGUGACCGCUCUGUUGGGCGCUUUUACUGGACAUUACACCUCAUAUGCAGGAUCCAAGGCACCAGUGGAGCACUUCACUCGUGGCGUGUGCAAGGAGCUGCAGGCACGACGCGUGAGUGUGAACAAUGUGGCUCCAGGCCCGAUGGACACUCCCUUCUUCUAUCCACAAGAAGAACCCGAGGCUGUGGCAUUCCAUAAAGCCAACGGUAUGGGCAAUCGGUUGACGAUGGUGCAGGACAUCGCGCCACUCAUCCGCUUCCUGUGCACGGAGGGCCCUUGGAUCACCGGACAGACGAUCUUUGCGAACGGAGGAUAUACGACUCGUUAA